UAAAAAAUUUGAUAUUGGAAAAUUAUUGUAAUAAGUUUUUAAUAAAGUAGAAUUUAAAUAAUUUUAAUGUCAAAAACGGGAUUGUAUUAGUAUAAGUUGAACCGACUGAAAAAUUAUGAGUACCCAACAAAGUCCGGCGAAUAAUCAACCGGCUGUUGAUAGAGAAAAAGUUUAUCAAUGGAUUAAAGAGUUGGCCAAUCCUGAUACACGAGAAAAUGCUUUACUUGAAUUGAGUAAAAAACGUGAAGUUGUCCCAGAUCUUGCACCAAUGUUAUGGCAUAGUUUUGGUACCACGGCAGCUCUUUUGCAGGAAAUAUUGAAUAUUUAUCCAGCUAUAAAUCCACCAACACUCACAGCACAUCAAUCAAAUCGUGUAUGUAAUGCACUCGCAUUAUUACAAUGCGUUGCAUCACAUCCGGAUACCCGAUCUGCGUUUUUGGUAGCCCACGUUCCAUUAUUUUUGUAUCCCUUUUUACAUACAGUUAGUAAAACCCGACCAUUUGAGUAUUUAAGAUUAACAUCCUUAGGUGUAAUUGGAGCUCUUGUAAAGACAGAUGAACAAGAAGUUAUUACAUUUUUGUUAACAACAGAAAUUAUACCACUGUGCUUACGGAUAAUGGAAACGGGAAGUGAAUUAAGUAAAACGGUAGCAACGUUUAUAUUACAAAAAAUAUUGUUGGAUGAAAGUGGUUUAUCGUAUAUUUGUCAGACUUACGAUCGUUUUAGUCAUGUAGCAAUGAUAUUGGGAAAAAUGGUUUUGCAACUGGCUAAAGAUCCAUCAGCGCGACUAUUAAAACAUGUAGUUCGAUGUUACUUAAGACUGUCAGAUAAUCCAAGGGCUCGUGAAGCAUUACGACAAUGCUUACCCGAUCAAUUACGAGAUGGCACGUUUAGUGCUUGUUUACAAGAAGAUAAAUCAACAAAACAUUGGUUAACACAAUUGAUCAAAAAUUUAGAAACACAUCCAUCAGUGGAUCAAUCAGUUGGUAUGUCACCACUCACGCCACAAGAAACAAUUCGAGUAAAUAUUAAUUAAGUAUAUUAGAAAUCUAUAUAAAAUAAUUUUAAAC